AUGUCCGACAACCAAGAGUUUUUUCAUUGCCCCGUGUGCUCCAAGCGGUACAAGCGACGGGAGCACAUGCAACGCCAUUGGGCUUCUCACAACGCAUCCCGCCCGCACCGUUGCGCCCAGUGUAGCCGUGCCUUCCAGAGGCUUGACGUGCUGAAGCGCCACGCCCGGACAUGUGAGGCCAGGGCACUAGGCUUGAUAGCGCCCUCUGGGAGGAGGCGAGCCUGCGAUCUCUGUGUCCGCCAGAAGAAAGCAUGCAGCGCCAGCCAGCCGUGUCAGAACUGCGAAAGGUUAUCCGUACCUUGCUGCUAUUCCUUCAAUGUCAAUCAGGAAAACAAGAGACCGAGCACGUCCCAGGAGAGCGUCGCCGCAGGAAGCGACUCGAGUGAGGCCCAGACAUUACCGACGACGGAAGACAUCAACCCGAUUGUUGAGACUGUCGAAACCGUUGAGGAGCUUGCGGUGAAUGAAGCAGAUUUUAAUGCUGUCAUCCUGGCAGACCCGCUGGAAGCGGGCAUCUGGGAUGCACCCGAUACUAGUGGCAGCUGGCUGGAUUACUUGAACUUCAUGCCAGCUAGAUCACUCUUGGAUGUUUCAACCAACCGGCAACAGCUUGUGACCACGCGGAAGGAUAAUCCUCGGUACUCCUUCAGAUUUUUGGACAACUUCACCAGACGAACAGGCUUGCUAGAGUCUUUCGAAUGCGGAACCCCGGCGUUGAGGGAACGGACGGUAACAUCCUUUCUCCAACAGCAAGUCGGAAGUAAUGUGAUACUUCGUCACUUAGCCGGCUCCCAUAGCGGACCUUCGGCGGAUGUGGCGGAUGACCUCGCCGCGGCCUUAGCAGACAGCAGCACCAUUCCGACAUCGAUCACAGGCCCGGUUACUUUCGUUCAAAAUCCAUGGCUCCACGACCCUCUGAUGAUCAAGAUUCAUCAGAUUAUCGUCAUUGCAAAGGAAGUGGUCACAAUGAAGCCGCGUAACAGCGCCGUAACAGUUGAAUGGUCUCCCUUGCUGGAGCAAAAAUGCAUCGAGUUCUUCUCCCAAGAAAAUGUGCGCAAAUUCCUCACCCUUUACUGGACGAUCUGGCAUCCAAACGUCAACCUGAUCCAUCGACCGACAUUUGACCCGGCCACCGCCAACCCAACUUUACUCGCCGCCAUGGCGGUAAUGGGAGCAUCUAUGUCUCCAAAUCCUGCCGAUAGAGACAAUGCAAAGUUAUGGUUCAAUUGCGUUGAGGAGAUGGUAUUCACCGAUGAUGACCUUUGCUCGGAGCCUCUAUACACACUAGACACUGGUGUUUUGAUCCCUGCCACCCAGAAGCGCAAGGUCCAAGCUCUCCAGGCUGCUUAUAUCGUCUGCCUCUAUCAAAAUUGGGAAGGCACGGAUGCCAGCAAGAGGAGAAUUCGUCGAUACCGGUUUAGUACUGUUGUCUCGGUCGCUCGGGAUAUUGGUCUUGGAUCUGCAAGGCACACGGAUUGCCGAAGGCCUGUUGGAUACGAGUUCGAAUGGAAAUCGUUCGCUGUGAAAGAAGAAUUGAUCAGGACUUUUCUCUGGAUCUUCCUCCUCGACCAUGCUUUCGUCACCUUCAACAAUCUUCCGCCACGGUUGGUCAUCAAGGAGAUGAAGAUUCACAUGGCAAGACCAGAGGCUUGCUUCCAAGCUGCGACUGCGGAGGAGUGUCUUGAAGAGCUUCAGAAAUGGAGUGCCCACUCAGCCCUACUGCCCGUCCUAACCCUGCACGAGGCUGUGGAGAUGGUUUGCAAAGGUGGAAUGCACGAAGGGAUGCACGAGACCCUUGCCCACCUCGGCGCGCUGAACUUGUUUGCGGUCAUAUCAGCCGUUCACUCUCUCGUUUUCCAGCAUCAAAAUUCGUUUGCUGAAGAUGGGCACCUAGUUGCAAUCCGCCACGCUCUAAAGAACUGGAAGCCCGCCUGGGACUUUUAUACCAGCAAGCUCUCCGGGGGUCCCCCACACAAUAUGAUCAGCGGAGAUGCGCUCACACCGGAGAACGCGUGGAGACGAAUCGGAUUCUAUCGGCACGCCCAAGAAUACUGGCUGCUUGCCAGCGUCAUCAUUGACCGACUCACGAGCCCCGACCAGGCGUGGCGCAACGAGAGUCCCUCGGACAGCGACCAGGCGCAACAGCCAAAUCUCAGGGAAGCCACACCGCCGGAUCCAAUCCUGAGCAGGUAUGACCAGACAAGCAUGCGCCAGGUCAACGAUCUGAUAGCGGACUUUCAAAAAUUCCAAAUCAUUUCUGAGGAAGACUGA